GCGUCAGCACCCAUUGUUGCUGCAGCUCGGUCCGCCAUUUUGUGUUGGAGCUGAGUUUUUCACUUUGUCUGUUUAGUUGAUGCGAUUUCGAGACGUGUCGAGAUGCCUCAUUUGAAGUGUACACGAAGCUGUGAUUGGAGCAGUGGAGAGAGUUGGGACCACCGAGAUUAUUACAGCAGUCAUAAACGCAAAAAACGUUCCCAUAGCAGUGAAAGAGAAAAUAAACGGCGAAGGCGCUAUCAUCACUCAAAGCCUUCAGAAAGCCAUUACUUGGAAACAAAAUCUGUUAAUGAGCACAUGGAUUGCCAUGACGGAAAGCAUGAAUACAGAGAUGGGUACAAAAUGGAAUAUAGAAAUGGCUGUCACAACAGAGAAUGUCGACACCAGCGCAACUACUAUAGUCAUCAAAAUUACAGCAAGUCAGGGAAACCUGAUAGUGGAAGGAGUCAAAAAAGUAGCCGUGAAAGGCAUAGGCCUAAAAAACAUCACUCUGGUUCAAGUAAUCAUUCACACUCGAAGAGCCACCGCCACAGGAGAACCAAUGUUGAGGAUGAUGAGGAGGGUCACCUGGUAUAUCACACUGGAGACAAACUGAAAGCAAGAUAUGAAAUAAUUUGUAGCCUAGGAGAAGGAGCUUUUGGAAAGGUGGUAGAAUGCUUCGAUCUUAAAAAGGGAGAAUAUGUUGCAAUGAAGAUCAUAAAGAAUAUUGCUAGGUACCGUGAAGCAGCUCAUUCUGAAAUACGUGUGCUUGAAGAACUGAAGAACAAGGGUGCCAGUGCUUGUGGGUGUGUACAAAUUCUGGAUUCGUUCGAUCAUCAUGGGCAUACUUGUAUUGGUUUCGAACUCCUGGGACUCAGUACCUAUGACUUCUUAAAGGAAAAUAAUUUUAUGCCAUUUCCAAUGCAUCAUAUCAGACACAUGGCUUAUCAAAUUUGUGAUGCCCUGAACUUUUUGCAUCAGAACAAGCUUACUCACACAGACCUCAAGCCUGAAAAUAUACUGUUUGUGAAUUCUGAAUAUAGCAUAGAGUACAAUAGUAAAACGAAACAUGACGAUAGAACAGUGCUCAAUGCAGACGUCAAAAUUGUUGAUCUUGGCAGUGCCACAUUUGAUGAUGAGCACCACAGUACUGUCGUAUCUACAAGACAUUACAGAGCCCCUGAAGUUAUAUUAGAAUUGGGAUGGUCACAUCCAUGUGAUGUAUGGAGUAUAGGAUGUAUACUAAUUGAAUAUUACCUUGGUUUGACACUCUUUCAGACCCAUGAUAGCAGGGAACAUCUUGCUAUGAUGGAAAGAGUGCUUGGACCCAUUCCAACCAGUAUGAUUAUUAGAACACGCAAAAGCAAGUAUUUUCAUCAUGAGCGAUUAGAUUGGGAUGAAAACAGCUCUGCUGGUAGAUACAUUAGGAAACGUUGCAAACCUUUGAAGGAUUAUAUGACUUCUCAGGUCUCUGAACAUCAGGAACUCUUUGACUUAAUUGAAAAGAUGAUGACGUAUGAACCUUCAAAAAGGAUACGACUAGAUCAAGCAUUGCAGCAUCCAUUCUUUUCACAGUGAGAAUUGAGACCACAGCUUACAAAAUGAACUAUUUUGUACAACAUGUAAAUUAAUUCCAAGUUCUCCAUAGGAGAAUAACUAGACUGUGUCAGUCUGAAUUCAAAUCAUAAGUUUUGAAAUUUAAGUGUAUUUAAAAUUAUGUCCAUAUUAUGUGGUAGUUUACUAAAAUACCAUUUUUUGGUGUUGUCAUGUGGGCAUGUGCUAAUUUUUGAACCACUAUUGCUUUACAAUGAUACAAUUCUUGAAAAGUUUAAAAAUGUUUUCUAAAACUGAUUUUUGUAUUAUACUACCUCAACUUGUAAUGUAAACAUUGAUUUUGUGCAAUAAAGUUGUGAUUUUAUUGUAUUCAAA